UCCGGUGCUACUAGUGCAGAUGUUGACAGGACACACAGAGUGAAACACAGCAUCUUCACACCUUCACGACUGGACUGUUUCUGAAAAACUACGCGCUUCACGUUCAAUAUGGGGAAAGUUGAAGGCGGAAUGAAAUGCGUGAAAUAUCUCCUCUUUGUUUUCAACUUUAUGUUCUGGCUGAUGGGCUCACUGGUGUUGGCCGUAGGACUCUGGCUGAGACUUGAUCCAAAUACUGUGUCUCUGUUGGGAGAGGGUGGACCAGAGACCUUCUUCAUUGGUGUCUAUAUCCUCAUUGCAGCUGGGGGUCUGGUGAUGCUGGUGGGCUUCUUUGGAUGCUGCGGUGCCGUGAGGGAGUCUCAGUGCCUUCUGGGAUUGUUUUUCGCUUGUCUGCUGACCAUCUUCGGAGCAGAAGUUGCAGCAGGCGUGUUCGGCUUCCUAAAUAAAGACAAGAUAAUUGAGGAAGUAAAGACUUACUACGACAAUUCUGCGAAAGACUCUAACGACAACAAUACAAUCAUCCAGUCCUACCACAGAGUUUUAAACUGUUGCGGUUCACCCUCAACAAGCUCCAGUUUGUGUCAAGACAUCGCAUCAAACCAGACAGUGAAGUGUGACGUGGCCAUCGAGGAGUUUUUCAACGGUAAACUCUUCAUCGUGGGAUAUGUAGGGAUUGGAAUUGCCGGUGUCAUGAUUAUUGGCAUGAUCUUCAGUAUGGUGCUGUGCUGUGCGAUCCGGAACAGCAGGGAUGUGAUCUAGCACCCCACCUGGACUUGACCUUUCACCUUUGACACUUAAGCCGGACUUUCACAUCCACAUUCCGAAUUUCAAGUGUUCCACUUCCACCCCAUAAACUCAGGAGCAAAAAACAUAUCCACUUUGAUAUUUCAGUUCACCUCCCGAUGGUUAGUCCAGCCUCGGUUAUAUUUACUUUAUCACAUUGCUGGAUUGUAUUUAUUUAUGCCUGCUGGUUAGGUGCAUAUUACAAAACCAACAAAAAUACGAUGAGCCAUUCUGUUGUUAUGAAAUAUCUUUCACAUAAUCCAAAUGUAGAUGUGGAUUUAAAUGUAAGAGCCCCCCGAUCAACUCUCCCUCCAAACCAAGAGCUUUGCAUGGAUCUACUGCUAUUCCUGGCAGUUGCUGCGUGGCAUCACAUGUCAGAUAAAAAUAUUAUGUAAUGUGAAGCUGGGGUCGUGUGGCAUGCCUAUGGCCAGUGGGUUUGAUGGUAAAAACAUACCUCUUACCCAGAGAAAUGUUUAUACACAAGCAUGGUCUUCAAACCCAAAAAACAUGCACUCACGUAUUGCCAAUUUAGAAAAUUCGAUUUAGAAAACAUUUCAUCCAGUUUUGUUCACCUCGUAUUCUUUUCAUCUUACAGUUCCUGUGUUUAGCAUUAAGAGUCACACUUACAUCUUACUGACGUGAUGACGUGAUCAGGUUUCUGUUGUAGAGUUAUCUGCAGUUCAUCUGCAACCCCCCACUGAUAAUGGUACAGCCCGCUAUUCUUGGGCUUCAUGGAGGCUAAUCUUCUUCUUCACAUGUGGUGUAGAGUUGCCUGGUUAUUUUACGUCUAUAACUAAGUAAAGACUCUAGACUAAAGCACAGUGGCACACUGUGAAAACAAAAGGACAGUAAACAAAACAAAUCAUGAAUAUAUGAAUUCAUUAAACAUGACUGUAAAAUGCUUGAUUCAUUAUACAAUUGAUUCAUACAAUUUCAAGCAGUGUUUUGCAGUGUGACAUGCUUUAAUUAAUUCAAAAUAAUAUAUUUUUUUAUUUAUGUACAACUGAACGCAUAUUAAGGCUGAAAGUGUCCAUUUUUUUAAAUUAAUUGUAAUAGCAAAAUCAGCCAUCGAUGUGUCUAGAUACUUAAAUGUGCUGAUAGCACCACAGUGUUCAAUUUGUGUACAAAUCAAUCUUCAAAUGGCUUAUUUAUUGUUGUCUCAUAUAUUAACGCUGCAAUCUGUAAUCUAUGUUGGUUAAAAACAGACUGUAAAAAAAGUAGGACGACGCUUUCUUCCAUUGUCAUGAAUUAAGCGUAAAACGUCCGAUGAUGGGCGCUGACAUGUGACGUAAAAAAAGUUAAGAGCCUGGGCCUGCGCAAAAUGAAUCGUCAAACUUCUCAUUUGACUGCCCUGUACCAAAGGCUUUCAAAAAGAAGGUAAAUACAACAACUAACGACUUAAUCGUUAGAAAUCGAAAAUUAAUCGUUGGUUUUAUCUUCAAUCUCCUCUUGAAGCUCUGACAGUCCGAAGCUGUCAAUCACAACUGUCAUUCAUAAGGACACACGCCGUUUUUAUAGCAUCAAAUUACUAGAUAAAAUCAAACUUACCACAAAAACGAACAAUUGACAUAUAUCAGCGUGAUAACAACUACCUUCAAUGAGCAAAACCAUCUUUCGUAAACUUUUAUUAGAAGUGUAAUUUAUUUUUUAUCUUGACUGAAGUCCUAUUCGUUUACAUGGAGAGGGCGGUGUUUAUGACCUGUACUGCAUCCAACCACCAGGGGGUGAUCAAAGAGCCCGCAGCUUCACUUUUCAGGACGUGUUAAAAAUAAACAAAAAUUAGUUAUUGAGUAUAAAAGGUCAGUGUUUAAAAGUGUCUCCUUACUCCAAAUCACAAUGAUAAGCUUACAAUAAUAAUUUAUUAUUUGAGCUGUUGGGUACUAUUUUUCGGGAAAUGUCAGAUGCCAUUUGAUUUCAAUUCUAGUAACAUGCCAUUUUAAUUUUUUAAGAAAGAUGGCGAUAUAGAGGCAAAAGUUACAAAUUGCAGCUUUAAAUAUAUGUAUUUUAACAUAAAAACGCACACUUCAGCUUUACUUGAGAGACUACAUGGAUUUGAACUUGUUGAUCAAUAUACUGUAUUUGUCACACUGCAGGGCUGUUCAAAUAAAGCAAAAAACCUGAAAGAUCAUUUCAAUUUGUGGAAAAAUUGUGAAAUGGUCAUUUCUAACUUAUGGUCAAACUUUACUGAAUUGAAAUUGACUUGGUUUAGUCCUAAAUAAUUGGAAGUCGUUUCAUGGAACAUAUUGUGUACAUAUCUGUUCUCGCUGUUGUAGUUAUCAUAAAGAUUUGUUUUGUGCGGUUAAUUUGUAUAGAGGUAGCUUUGGCCAGUGUACAGUGAAUUUUGUUUCAUUAUGCUUUGAAUUUUUAAUAUUAAGGUGCUCUUUUUAUUUAUCCGAAAAGACAUCUUAAUAUUUUUUUGAAAGAUGCGUCUCAAGAUGUGUUCUGGAAAGGGAUUUGUUAAAUUAUUUUUCUCAUUGUUAAUUUAUAAUGCAUGGGCAGCCGUUGGUUGGUCAGAUAUUUCUGCUGGUGCAUCACUGCUGAAGGUCAAGUUAAAGUGGCAUUAGAGUAGAAACGGUAGUUUAACAAACAGUAACAUACGUCAUACACAAUGUUACUGUAGAUCUGUAUUGUUCUAUCAACCCAGUUAAAGGGAUACUUCACCCAAAAAUGAAAAUUCUGUCAUCAUUUAUUCACCUUCGAGUUGAUCCAAAUCUGUAUACAUUUCUUUGUUCUGAUGAACACAUAUUUGGAAGAAUGCUUAUAGUUUAACUAUUAUAACCAGACAGAUUUUUUUGGGUGAAGUAUCCCUUUAAACCGCGGUUGUUCAAAACAUGUAAAAACGCAUGAAACGUGUAGUGUAACUUUUCUUUAGGGGCUUUGUGUGUUAUUCCUACAAUUUGUGUAAACAAUGUAGAGAUGUUUUGUACUGUAAACAUAAAUAACAGUUUUUGGACGUUUUUUUAUGCUGGUGUUCACAUAUUGUGUGUUUAAUUUAUUUUUUAAAGAGUCAAAACAGCAUUCAGGAUUCUCAGGAACAUUGCUGCCCGAAAACAAUAAACUACUUUGAAGUUUCUGAUUGUUGUGGAUUUACAUUUUUAUACUGUAGCUUUUUCUUUGUCUCCUAUUGUAGUAGCCCAACCUGCUA